CUUGCUUUUCUUUUUCGGUCAAGUCAAGGCGUCAAGGCAGUGAAGAACGCAAGGCUUAAGAGCCAAGUUGAGCCACAGCCUCUUAUUUUUCACAGAGAGCUAACUUUGGAGCUAGUGCUGUGUUAGAAUUUUACGAAAUUUGGGGUGUUGCCUUGUUUCGCGGACAUUCAAAUUCUGUCUUGGGAAUGGCAUACGAUCAGGCCUGUUUCCUCAACAGGAAGAAAAAUCCAUCCACUACUCACAUCAUAGAAACACCAUAGAAACGCGCAGUCCCUGAAUCAGUUCCCUGCGGAACCCAUUUUACUUUAUCGCAUUGCGUCUUAUUCACCUGAGGCACCACUUGUGGAGCCCGACCUGAUGUGAAAGGGUUCAGGUGUAUCUGAACCUAAUCUGGGACGACACCCCAAGAUUUGGGGCACCUGUUUCCUACCUCAGCGAGACAUGAGUAAACAAAGGUAUGCGGGAGCUAGAAGUAGCCACAAGAAGCGCCAGGCCUGUCGUGACGAAAAGGAACGUUUCCAACGUGAUGAUGGUUGCAGAACAGGAGGAGAUGCUGAAGAUGAAGAAGGCAGCAUUGCAUGUCCGUUCCCUGUAGCGAUGUGGGACCUUGGACACUGUGACCCUAGGCGCUGCACAGGGCGGAAACUUGCACGAAAAGGUUUAAUACGUAGCCUGCGAUUGGGACAGCGCUUCAACGGUCUCAUCCUCUCCCCAUCUGCAACACAAUGUGUUUCCCCACGAGACAGAGAAAUCGUCUGUAAUAGUGGCGUGGCUGUAGUGGACUGCUCGUGGGCACGGUUGGAUGAAACGCCUUUCUCCAAGAUGAGAGGAGCCAAUCCUAGACUGUUGCCCUAUCUAGUAGCAGCAAACCCUGUUAACUAUGGAAAGCCAUGCGAGCUGUCCUGCGUAGAAGCCAUAGCUGCUGUCUUCUGCAUUACAGGAUUUGCAGAUCUUGCUGUUGCCUUCUUGUCCAAAUUCAAAUGGGGAAAAGGGUUCUUGACGCUCAACAAUGAAUUGCUAGAAGGAUAUGCUGCAUGUGAGACAUCUGCAGACAUAAUUGCAGCUCAAGCGAGCUAUCUAGCAAGAGCAGAAAGAGAAAGUGCCCUCCGAGGUGAAGCAGAACUUCCUCCCACAUCAUCAGAUGAUGAAUACGAUGACAGUGUGCACAAUCCAAACAGUUAGUUGGGCUCUCCAGUGAUGAGAGGUCACUUGGUGAUGAAUUCAUCCCCAUAUGUUACAGGCAAGGGAGUGUCAUGGUUGUCUUGCUUUGACGUCUGUCAUGUGGGCUGCUCUAGUGGAACGACUUGCUUGCCUUUGAGAUAAAUGUGUCGCCCAUCAAAAAUGUAAAAUAUAGUGCCACCCCCUCUUUUUGCGAUGUCACAAGCUUUUCGAUUUCAGCGUGUAAACUGCAAUACACAAGAUUGACACUGAUAUUUUAUUUGAGACUUCACUCAGUCAGUCAGCUGGGCUAGUAACCAUUAAAAAAAAGAAAAAUAAAUUGCAUGCAAUCAGGAAUGACCGUUCCUAAUGACAAAGGUGAGGUUGUUUUGUAAGAGCACAGUUUGUCAAAACAGGGGCGUAGUUUGGACACAGCACCUCUCAGUUCGGUCUUGCUGCUCUUACGCCAGCUCUGUAAGCCAAGUUCGCAAAAGUAUACUGUAUUGUGGCAAAGGGAAGAAAGAUCCUCAUGACUUUAGUACUCAAGACCAUGUACUUUCCUGCAAAUCCUGCACAAAAUUUGGGAAGUGACGUCAGGGGAAAUUGUUGCUGUCCAGUUUUCGAGUUUCCGAGCAGCUUCGCCUAAGAGUGCAAACAAGGCAUUGUACACCUUGUGUGCAGCCACUUCCUGACCUUUCGCUGCCUUCAACAGGCUGGCCACCUUUUUGCCAAAAAUGGCAAUACACCAAGUGGUGUACUUGAGGCCUGUAUAUAUUUCUUGCAUCAUGGAAACUAAACUUCUACUCCAGCAGCAUCCCCGUACCUUUCUUGUACUUUUUCCAAAAGAGAGGGGUAGUGCACAAAGUACUCCGAGUGGAGCUCCACAGCCCCAUUCUAUGAAUUCCAUCUGGUUUUCACAGGGGCUGGUGGUGCCCUGGGGUUUUCCGCACCACAUACUUGCAGAUGAGCCUUGAACAGUGCGCGCUUUCCGCUUGAAAGUCGAAAAGCCUUCUUCAUUUCCCCAACGUACUUAUCCACGAGGGGAAAUGAUUUGUACAUGGUCGCACCGAUCAGAUUGCCACCAUGUGCGACACACGUCACGUGGAGGGCGUUGGAGCACAGUGGUUGGAUGCUUUUGCGAAAUGCAUUGAGUCUUGCAUUUGUAGCCACCCACACAACAGCAGCAUCACAAAAAUUUGUAUAAUAAAUAAAGAGCCCUGCACACAGCUGUUUGGGUGUUACCCAUUCACUCUGGCAUUUUUUAGUUUUGGCAGUUGGUAAAGAGAAUGUUCUGUUUUAACCUGAAAAGUACACGAAUAAACAUAUUUCGCCCGGU